AUUCCUGGUCGUAAUUGCCAAUUGGGCUACUUAAGUAUUAUUUGUACUCGCCCUUCGUCGAAAUUACUCGCCUCUGGUGAGCGUUAUUUACAGCCCAACCUGACUUGUGGAACACCAAUGAAAUAAGGCGCUGCGAUCAGCGUGGAAAUCGCAACAUUUGGACAGCAGUAUGGGGUCCAAAACAGCUUUGCAUGUGAACAGCUUUCGUUGGAUAUUUCCCGAGAGGGCGGGGCGAGUGUGACGUUGAAGGUUGGUUAUUCUCUUUCUUAUUUUAAUUUAUUUCUUCUUUCCGAAUUGGAGUGUUACUUAAAUGAGCUGUGAUGGAUGAUGAAGAGGAGACCUAUCGACUAUGGAAAAUUCGGAAAACGAUCAUGCAGUUGUGCCAUGACCGAGGUUAUCUAGUGACACAAGACGAACUGGACCAGACACUAGACGAAUUUAAGAGCCAGUUUGGAGACCAGCCCAGUGAAGGACGACCGCGGCGGACUGAUCUCACUGUUCUGGUUGCCCACAAUGAUGACCCCACAGACCAGAUGUUCGUCUUUUUUCCAGAGGAACCUAAAGUUGGCAUUAAGACCAUCAAGAUGUACUGCCAGCGAAUGCAGGAGGAAAACAUUACGAGGGCCAUCAUUGUGGUACAGUUGGGCAUGACACCAUCUGCUAAACAGUCUCUAGUUGAUAUGGCUCCCAAGUACAUCCUGGAGCAGUUUCUGCAACAAGAACUUCUAAUCAACAUCACAGAACAUGAGUUAGUUCCAGAACACAUUGUCAUGACAAAGGAGGAGGUGACUGAGCUUUUGACUCGGUAUAAACUCAAAGAAAGCCAGCUUCCCCGCAUCCAGGCCGGGGAUCCUGUCGCGCGGUACUUCGGCUUGAAAAGGGGACAGGUUGUGAAGAUCAUCAGGCCGAGCGAGACAGCUGGGAGGUAUAUCACAUACAGGCUGGUGCAGUGAGCGCUGUGCGGGGGAGGACCUUCUCUUUUGUCUUUUUGACAGCUGCAAAAUUAUCCCUGCUUUCAGACUCGAAAACAUCUGUGCAGGAAGAUAAGAGCAAGGUCAUUUAUGGGUAUAAAAUGCACACUGCCUCUGCAGGUGUGGAGAUUGCUGUCCUGGCCUCCACUGUCCCCUUUUAAUUGCAUUUAAAUAAUUUGAAACGGGGGGGGCAGGGGUGUUGUAAAUGCAGUUAUUCCUAUAAUAGAUUACGAUAUUUUCCACAUUUUGAAAUAUUUAAAGAAAAGAAGCCUCUUCUUACUAUGUGUAAAAUAUUCAGUGAGUUUUAUUUUCCAGAUACAUGUAAUCUGUUGUCAUUUAUACAGAUUUUUUUAAACAACUCUUUGCUGUGUUCAAGAAGGAAAACCAAACUGGAUGAUUUUUUUUUUCAUUUUAGUAAGAAUUGAAAAGCGAGAAGUACAGUCAAAGUCUUGCCUAUUUUAUGUACAUAAAAAUUGUUUACUUGUACAGAAAUUUAGUACAAAAAUACUGUAUGCAUAAUAAUGACUGAAAUAACGGUUAUCAUAAAAUGUCAAUAAAAAAAGUAAUUUAAAGAUU